AUGAGCUCCUUGAGCCGGUCGACGAUAAAGAUCUCAUCCUCGUCAUCAACGUAUCCAAUAUCUCCGGUGUGCAGCCACCCUUUGCCGUCGAUGGUCCUCGCCGUCGCCUCCGGGUCGUUCAGGUAGCCUGCGUAGCAGAAGCGAUGUGACGCCGCGGAAAAUGCGGACAAAUUCUCGGAAGAAAAAAAAAAAUCAAAGCGGCUUCAAGCUUCAGGGAGAGAGAAAGAGAGAGGAAAGAGCUUCUGUGGAAGUUCAGGCCCGUUGACUUUGGUGCACCUUUCAUGAUCUGGGGCCCCUUGAUGCAAAUCUCUCCCGCUUCGUUCCGGCGGAGGGACGCGCCAGAGUCGGGGUCGACGACCUUGAGCUCGGCGUUCCUGACGACGGUCCCGCAGGACCCCUGCUUGGUCCUGAACGGCUCCUUGGCGAAUCCGAGGCUCAUGGAGAGGGCCCCCGCUUCUGUCAUCCCGUAG